GUGAAGCCAUCAUGCAGCCCGAAAGCAGCCGACGGUGGGCCGACAUGACAGCCGACGACGAUCAGGCGGGAUCGCAUGCGACACGCGCAGACGGCCUGGAAAACCUCCCCGACAACCGCACCUCGACGGGACACGACCCCGCCCUCCGGCGCGAAGCCAAGAACACCCCGACGGAAGAAGGCAUCACGGCCCCCAAAAAGCCACUGCCGCGCCAGCCACGAUGGACGGCCGACGACGAGAGAGCCCUGGAUCGAGCUUUCCAGCGAGCAGAGGCACCGGAGAGAAGCUACACCCAAAAGGCAACACCGCCAAGAAACGAAGCCGGGGAAGCGGCAAAGCUCGCAAGGAAUGCCGCUGAACCAUCUCACGAAGAACCGGCCGCGCGACGAGGGGGGGCCGAGACGGACUCCGACCACGACACGGAGCCCGGACCCAGCGUCGAGGAGCACUUUCGGGGCAUGCUGGCCAUCAAGAAGAUGUCAGGCGACGGCAACUGCCUCUUCCACGCGCUCGGAGAGAACACCGGCGAGAGCGGGGCAUGCCUCCGAGCCCUAAUCAUCCAGUACCUCAGAGAGAACGCAGAAGCCGAAGAAGACGAAGAGAAAGUGCAGGCCUGGCUACAGGAAAGCCAAUACCUCCAAAGCGAUCCGGGUCACUGGGGCGGCGACACGGCCAUCAUCGCUUUCACCCGCAUGAGGCAGCAGGGAGUCCUUUUGCACUGGCGGACGCCAAACGGCGACAUCCUCACGAGCGAGCGCACGCACUCGGACGUGGACGAAGCAGCCCAACGCGGGCCGCACGCAGCACCGAACGCCACGGAAGUGAUCCAUCUCUGGUACAACGGCAGGGACCACUACGACCUGCUGGUGCCCAUAGACCGAGCACCGCCAACCCCAUUCCGACACACAUUUUUGCUUCAGCACGGAAGAUGCUAA